ACCAACCCAAAGUUCAAAACUCACGAAAAGAAUCAGUGCUUGCUUCCUAAUAUUCACCUCUCCCACACCGACCCAGGAGCGGCCAGGCAGCCAUGGCAGACUACGAAGUGCCAGACCCCCCGCCACCCCCUGGCUCUCCACCUUCUCUCCGCCGACUCCUUGCUCUUCCUCACGAGAAUGUGUGGAGGAGGAUCACUGACAAAGACUGCAGAAGUUUGUUUGGGAUCAUCUUCUCAAAAACGCUAUGAGUAAUUAGGAUAUUUUGCUGUCACUUGAUUUACUGCAAAAGGACACCUUCUUUUUUGCAGCUGAAGAAGUAUAGGAAUCCACAGAUAUGAAAGUUAUAUCAUUUUGUUCAUAAGUCUUUGGCAUGUUUUUUUUUUCUCCAAUUUGUAUCUUUAAAUUGUAUAGCAUAUAUCUUGAUUUUGUCUUAAAAAUCUAUACUUGCUUUUGAUGGUUCAUUUUGAGGAACUUGAUCAUGGGUUUAUGAUUGAUUUGAGUUUUUUAUUUGAGGUUGCUGCACUGUAAAUAUUGGUUCUGCAAUGUAAGUUGUUCUGGGUUGGAAUUUCAGGAAGAAACAGAAUAAGUAAUCUUUUUGUGA